AUGGAUUUUUGGGAUGAAGAUACGAUUUUUCGAAUGUCUAGAGGGAUUGGAAAGCCGGUUUCUGUCGAUCCAAGAACUCUGCGUCAUGAAUAUGGCUACUUUGCUGCUGCUUUGAUUGAUAUAGAUUUCUCGCAACCUUUAGGAAGGAUUCUGAUAGAUGGUGAAGAGAACAAAGAAAUUUUUGUUCAAGAUUACGAAAUUUUAAACAUGCCAAUUUUUUGCGAUUAUUGCAAAUCUAUCGGCCAUAAGAAAUCCGAUUGUAGAACAAAAAAGUAUGAUGAUUUGAAAGACAAAGUUGAUGAAGAAACUGAUCCUGAGAUCAAAAAAUCAAUUGAAGCCGAUAUGGAUGACCUUAAGAAUUUCUGGCAAAAAGAAAGAAUUCCUAAACAUGAUGGAAAGAAGAACAUGCCAGAAGAUCCACCGCUGCAACCAAUUAUUGAGAAGGAUCAAACAAACAAACCUGGUGAUGAUCCUAAAACAAUGAAGAACCUAUCAAUCCUUGAGAUUGCUACUGGAAAACAUACCAUUUUCCCUGAGAAUAGUGCUAGUAAUGGUGAGAAAUCGGGUGAAGAAGGUAAAAGAUCAGAGACGCACAAUGAUGGUGCGUCAAUGUCCAUGGCGCACAAUGAUGGUGCGUCACUGUCUGAGGCGCGCAAUGAUGGUGCUUCCCAUUCUGUGCAGCGCAAUGAUGGUGCCAAUGAUGAUGGUGCGUCUCAUCCUGAGAAGCACAAUGAUGGUGCGAAACCAAUUUUGCGCAAUGAUGGUGAGGAAAUUGCGGAAAAUAUGCGGGAUAAUUUUCGCAAGGAGGAUGAUGCUAAUCUUGAGAUGCAAGAGAUGAAAGCUUAUAAGAAUUAUGAGGCUAUGAAAGAGGCGGCACGACAACGAGAAGUUGAUGCUGAGGUUGCUACAAUUCAACAAUAG